AUGUCGAAGAAUCCCGACGUCGUGCGCGCCGACGCGCGGCGCUUCCUCGACGAGCGCGGCUCCUCGGCGUCCCUCGCCCCCAACGGCCUCAACCCCGCGACCAUCAUGGAAAAGGCCGUCAAGGACCGCAUCGUCGACUCCUACUUCUACAAGGAGCAGUGCUUCGCGCUCAACGAGGCCGACAUCGUCGACCGCGUCGUCGAGCACGUCUCCUUCAUCGGCGGCACCCACGGCGCGAGCCAGAAGCCCAGCCCCUUCCUGUGCCUCGCCUUCAAGCUGCUCGAGCUGGCGCCCUCCGACGACAUCCUGCGCGAGUACCUGGCCUUUGGCGGCGACGAGUUCAAGUACCUGCGCGCGCUGGCGUGCUUCUACGUGCGCCUCACCCGCCAGGCCGCCGACGUCUACACGACGCUCGAGCCGUACCUCGAGGACCGCCGGAAGCUGCGCCGCAGGGGCCGCAACGGCACGCGCCUCACGCAUGUGGACGAGUUUGUCGACGAGCUGCUCGUCGGGGACAGGGUCUGCGCCACGAGCUUGUGGAAGAUGCCCAAGCGCGACGUCCUCGAAGAUUUGGAGGUUUUGGAGCCGCGAGUGAGCCCGCUGGGCGACCUCGAGGACCUACUGGAGGAGGAUGAUGAGGAGGGUGAAGCCGAGCAGGAGGGUAGCGAAAGACAGAAUGGCGACGAUGCGGGGUCGGAGGAGGGCGAAGAUAGGGAUAUGGAUGUGGAUGCGCGAGGGGGCUCGCGGAGUCGCAGUCGGAGCCGCAGUCGCUCGAGGUCUCCCUGA